UUGUGGUAAUGUGAAUAGCAGAUAUCCACACAUCUAUGAUGGCCAACUGUAGCAGUAACCAGAGCAGACUAUUGUGAGCGAGUGUUCUUGCUGCGAUUGCUUUAGUGUAGAGAAGAAGCUGUUGCCAGGCCAACAGUUCCUCUGACUAAUCAGAGUGGCCAUGGGAAUUGAAAGUACCUUUCAACGCAAUGUUUCUAAUUAAAACCGAUAACUGAAAAUUGAUGUCUUGCUUUUUCAAGUGGCUUUGUUAAAGUGUUUAUCUUUUUGUGUCUCCUUCUUCGUCUUCUUCCUCUUUUUCAGUAAAUGACUUCACGGUGAUUCGGAAGAAGUUCAAGUGUCCCUACUGCACUUUUUCUGCCAUGCACCAGUGCAUCCUAAAGCGCCACAUGCGUUCUCACACGGGCGAGAGGCCGUACCCCUGUGACAUCUGUGGCAAGAAGUUUACCAGGAGGGAGCACAUGAAGAGGCACACGCUGGUCCACAGCAAAGACAAAAAGUACGUGUGUAAAGUUUGCAGCCGAGUCUUCAUGUCAGCAGCCAGCGUCGGGAUCAAACACGGCUCCCGGCGACACGGCAUCUGCGCCAGUUGCUCGGGCGGCGACAUUGCAACCUUGCUGGACCACAGCGGCGAGGUGGGCGGUGACAUUUCACCGGAAGAGGAGCUGUAUCCCGUGGACCGUUUUCACGAUGAGCAGGGGGAGUGCGACGGAGACGGGGAGGAGGAGAUGGUGGUGGAAGGAGACAGGGAGAUACUGAGAGAAGGGGAGAUGGACGCGGGAGUGAAGUGGAAGGCCUCGAGAAUGACCACAGAGACGCACCAGACACUGGACAAUGAGAAGGAGGAGAGUGACUUGUCCGCGCAGGAGGGUGAACAGCAGAAGGGAAGCGAGCGGGACUUCGCGUGGAUUUCCUAGAACUGGUUCUCGUCAGUGGCAUUCCAAAAGAUUCCGAAGGGUCUUUGAAAAAUUUCUGGCUGCUUCUUCCCAUCAACUGCUCACAACAACGGGAGGUUUUACAGUGAAAAGAAAGUACGGGUUGAUGUGGACGACUAUCCUCAACCAUCUUUAAUCCUCUGAAUGGUGUGAGUGCCCACGCAAGAACAUUGAUUUCUCUCGCCUCAGUAUUGGCCGACACGGGAAAAAGGAGGAAGCACAAUGGGUGGAAGGUUGUCAGAUGAGCCUAUUACCUCCUUUUAC